GCUAUUAGCAGUAAGCACACGCAUAUUGGAAUGCUAAUGGCCAGCCUUGUCAACAAAGGGCAAUGAUCUGAAUAUCCAUCAUGGUCGGGGCCACAUUUCAUCCUCCGACUCUCCAUCAAGGAGCACGUCCUCGGUGUGUCCAAUAAAUGGAGCUAUUAACAGUGAGCACACGCAUAUUGGAGUGCUAAUGGCCAGCUUCGUCAACAAGGGCAAUGAUCUGAAUGUCCGAGUCAUGAGCCGGCGCCUCGUUUCGGCCUCCGACUCUUCCAUCAAGGAGCACGUCCUUGGUGUGUCCAACAUUGACCUUCUCCAUGGCGCCUUCCCGGUGUCACUGGGCUGCAUAUACCAGCCGGCGGCUUCCACGCCGUCGUUGCCGCCUUCGAGUCCGGGCUGCCGUCAUUGCUCCACCACUAUGUUGCCCAUGCUGGGCGCAUCGUGGCGAAUCCCAGCACAGUCCUCCCCGAGAUCCUUUGCAACAACCAAGGUGCGGAGCUCAUCAUCGGCGUGGCCGACGUCGCUCUGGCGGACCUGGACUUUGGCAGCAUGGACUUGUCCGUAAGUAAGAUCCCGCUGCCGUACGGCAGCGACAUCCCUCUGUCGGUGCAGGUGGUGUCGUUCGCGUGCGGCGGCUUCUCUGUGGCGUGGGGCCACAACCACCUGCUCGGUGACGGCCACGCGCUGCUCGGGCUCGUCGGCGGGUUUUCGGAGCUCGCGCGGACGGGCAAGCUCGCCCCGGGAGCCCGGCCGGUCCACGAUCACUCCCUGUUUCGCCCGAGCUCCACGCCGUCGAGAUGCAGGAGCUCCUCGCUGGCCGCGUUCAUGCCGCUGACCUCCGAUCGCAUGGUCAACGUCCUGACGAGCGAAGCGAGCUGCGUCCAGCGCUUGUAGUCUUGUACUACCUGGAGGCGCAGGCCAUCUCCCGGCUCCGAGAGAUGGCGAGCCAACAAGAAGGAGACGGCCGCGCUACGCGGG